AUGGCCUUCUCCUCAACUCACGCAGUAUUCGAGAUCCCCGAAAUCCGGGAGAUGAUUCUCCUCAAAGUGGACAUGCGGACGCUACUUUGCAUGCAACGAACAUGUCGCUCCUGGUUAAGAACGAUCAAGGAAUCGCUGGCUAUACAAAAAGCCUUGUUUUUUACACCUAUCGAAAAUACUCCUGACCAGGAAAAAGCUCAGAAUCUCUUAUUAGCAGAAGCAUUUCCUCCCCUUUUCCAAGUAAUCAACCCUCUUAUCCCCGAAGACGCCUUUGGCUAUGUAUACGACAACACCUUCACCACGUUUGACAUGCUGAAAGACCCCUCUAUCGGGGCCGCGUACCUGCGACCAGAAGCAAGCUGGCGACGGAUGCUCGUCCAACAGCCUCCAGUGCGCGAUUUCGCAGUCAUCAUGAAUACUACUGGCGGAUACGGAUACAACCAUGAGUACUUUAAGGUUCCUGAGGAUCCAAGAGGGUUUACAGAUGGCUUGCGUAUGGGUGAUUUCUUCGAGGCGCUGAUGUUUGAUGAUGAUCUCGACUAUGCGAUCUUCCGCCUGAAGCGUGUCACAUGGUGGAAACGGACCUCCCAGCACGGACUAUCAGUCUUGAACCAGAUGGGGCAACUGAUGGGAAAGACAGUUGACUCUGACAUCGUCCUCACUCUUCGUGCCCAUCCAGGUGGGAGUCAUGAUUCUGAGGAUCAAAAGAUAAGGGAUGCGAUUAGGGCUGCGUACCAGGUGUUGGGGAUCCAGCCUAGGCUUUUCGGGAAGGCGGACCAAUGGAGUCAUUUCCCCUGGUAA